CCCAAUCCUGGAGCCGGGCUGUGGGCGGGGGCGAGGACAAAUGGCUCAGGUGGAUUACUCGCCGCAUCGGCUUUGGGGCUUUGCUGCUGCCGCUGCCGCUGCUGUGCUGGGGGUCCAGUCACCAGGCAAAAACCCUCUCAGGUUGGAGGGAAGUCAUGAGCCGUUUCUUGAACGUGUUACGAAGCUGGCUGGUUAUGGUGUCCAUCAUAGCCAUGGGGAACACACUGCAGAGCUUCCGAGACCACACCUUUCUCUAUGAAAAGCUCUACACAGGCAAGCCAGAUCUCGUGAAUGGCCUCCAAGCUCGGACUUUUGGGAUCUGGACGCUGCUGUCAUCAGUGAUUCGCUGCCUCUGUGCCAUCGACAUCCACAACAAGACGCUGUACCACAUCACACUCUGGACCUUCCUCCUCGCCCUGGGGCACUUCCUUUCUGAGUUGUUUGUCUUUGGGACCGCAGCUCCCACAAUUGGCGUCCUGGCCCCCCUGAUGGUGGCAAGUUUCUCAAUCCUGGGUAUGCUAGCUGGGCUCCGGUACCUAGAAGUAGAACCAGUAUCCAGACAGAAGAAGAGAAACUGAGGCUGGCAUUACCACCUCCAAGACUUCGUCUUCCACCUUCGCCAUCCCCUUCCUUCAUCCUCCCUCCUCUUUCAUUUCUUCUUUUCUGUACCAUCCUAAGCCCCCUUACCACUGCUAGCCUUUUAGGUUUGGGGUUUUUCUUACAUUUAAAAAUUUUUAAGAUCUAACCUUCAUACAGAAAAGUAUAUACUGUGUACGUACAAUUGAAAGAAUCAUUUUAAAUGACUGAAUAUUCUGUACCUUCACCCAGAUCAAGAAAUUUCCAGCACCUCAGAAACCCACUGUGUGCCCUUCCCCCACCUACAGCCUCUUCCAGGAUCCCUUUUCCAGCCUUCUGCUUUUUCCCUUUUAUUUUUUAUCCCUUCCCCUGACUUGUGUGGUGGGAACACGUGAACUAUGAAACUUACAGCUGCUGUGUCACCCAGAGCAGCUGCCCCCAAGGGCUGCUUCAGGAGGCUGCCCUCCCAGGUUGGGCUCCUCUCUGCUGCUGGACCCAAGACUCUGAACCAUCCGAUGAACAGGCAGUCCUUCUAAGAAGGGCUCCCCUGUGAGUAAGCAUGGCUCAUAUACUUGUGUCUACAAGUGGAUCAGGGUUGGAAGAGUCUGGGUUGUUUUUAGACCUUCUGGUCAGCUGUAUUUGUGUAACGAAUUUUGUAAUAAAUAGAAAAACCGUCUGCUUGGAUCAGUCCU